AUGGGGAUAAAAGACUUGUUAAGACAAGUUCGUUCUAAAAUUAAUUUUGGUUCUUUUGGGGCAUUCUCGGAUACUCUUCGAAAAGAAGACAAGGUGAAGCAAUGGAAAGAGGUAGCUUCUCUUGCUCAAAGCAUAUGCAAGGACAUAUGCAAGAGAUACCCUUUGGCAAAAUCUAAAGAAGAGUGCAGUGAUUCAACAAAAACACUUGACAUCAAAUUUAACAACAAUGGAAAGGUGGAACCGUAUUUAAGAAACAUUUUAAAAAGAAACGCAGAUUCAACCCGAAAUUCCACAGAACCCAAAGUAACGGAGUCACUGAACGUUGUCACCGAAAUAAGUGUCAAAGAAACCGUCAACGGACAGACAGUCCAACGAAAACCCACCGCUGACGAACUAAGAUUGAUAGAAAAAAGAAUUUUGAGUUCCUCAUUUAACCGUUUCGAAGAACCUCAACCAAAAAAUUCACACAACACUCACGACGAUGAUGACAAUGAUAUGAAAAUUGAUAACGAUCAUUCGACAGUUAACGAAAUUCAAGAUCUAGACUCUUUAAUACCUGUAGAUGCCAGUUUAGUAGAUGAAGACCCUUACGACAGAUAUCUAGCGGAAAAUGAUGAAGUUAGAGAUGUAGCUUCUAUUUUUAGUAAAGGAGAAGAGACUUACGAAAGUAAUAACGAAAAACAGGAAAGCUCAGAUAAAAAUAAUAGAGAUGAAAUGAAAGAUUACGACAAAGAUCUGUUUGGAGGUGACUACAGGAAGGUUUUUCACAGUGAAAAAAAGAAAUUCUCUAACAUACAGGAAGUUAAGAUCACUAUCAGUGAAACUGAAGGAGAUUUUGAUGAAGAUGAAGUUCAGAAAGCCGAACAAUCUGAAGGCAGUGGCCAUGAUAGUGAUAACGUUUUAGAAAGAACAUCUAAAUUAGAAUCUACACAUACAGAAACUCAAAAUAUACCAAACCACAGAGAAAUACAGUUAAUAGAAGACCCUAUUCCUGUAGCUCCAUCACAGUCUAAUCACAGUUCAAUCGUACCAAACCAUAACAAUGCGUCAGAGCAAAAAUACUCUGUAGUUAUAUCUACAAAAACCAGUACCACCUCUACGUCGGUUCAAAUUCCUAAAUCAGAUGAUUCAAUGAAGUCAAUUCAGUUUAACAUAAGUCGAUCUGAAGAGUACAAUAAUAGUACUGAACCUAAUGAUUUUAAAGAUAAUGAUUCUAUUAGAGACUCUAAUAAUAACGAUGAUAACUCUACAAACAAUAAUGAAGGUAUAAUAUUCUCUGAUUAUGAAGAAUCUAGAAAAAAUACUACUAAAAAAGAUGAAGAUGUAAUAUUGCCUGAUAAUGAUGAAUCUUCCACUGAAGGAUACAAAAGUACUACAAUAGAAAAUAACCUAUUUAUUGAGAAUGAAGAAGAUGUAACCAAAAGAAUUGAAGAGCACAGAGAAGACGUAGAUAGUUUAGCAGAAAAUGGUAUAAGCUUGAAAGAUUUUAGUGAAAUAACCAGUAUAUUAUCGCCUGAUGAGAACAGAGAUGUUAAACUAGUAGGAACUGAAAUAAAAAGUGUUGAAAUAGAAAAUUCUACGGAUAAAGUCGUGCAAAAAGCAGAAAAUAAUACUAAUACAUCUACUGAUAUACUUGAUGAAAAUACAGAUAUUAAAAUAGUAGAAAAUGAAAAUGCUACAGAAGAAAAUAUAGUUAUAGAAAAAGUAACUAGUAAUUCCACUGAUGAUAAUGCAGAUGUCAAGUUAGGAGGACAUGAUGAUAUAAAAGUUUUAGAUGAGACAGAAGUUAAAUCAGAAAAUGUCGCCACUACAACCAUUGACAAAUCUAAUGAAAACUCAGAUAUUAAAAUAGUAAAAACUGAUGAUAUAAAAGAUAUAGACAUAGAAAAUGUCACAGAAGUAAACCAAAAUAUAGAAAAAACAGUAAAUACAAAUGAAACUGAUAGUGUUACCAAGAGCACUAAUGAGAUUCCAUUUGAUACAUCUACUGUUAUUAUAAAUACUUCUGAUGAUUCUGAGUCUAAUAUUGCUAAAAUAGAAGAAGUGUUUUAUACUACAACUCCUAAACAAGAAACCACCACUUCAAAAACAUUUACAAGUACAUUCAUAGAUAGCUGGAUUUCCAGUACAAAUAUUGUUAAUGUAGAAAAUAGAAUUGGAGACCAAGAUUCAGAUAUAUCUCACACAGAAUUACCUACAAAACUAAACACAGAAAUUAUGAAUGAAAGUGAACUUAAAAAUGUAAGUAAUGUGAAUUUUGAAGAUAAAGACUCAAUAUUGUUUGAAACAGAGCUGACCACAAAAUUAGACUCAGAAAUGUUCAAUAAAAAUGAAACUAAAGAUACGAUAGAUAAAUCAGUAGAUCUUGUAAAUAGAGAAGAAGAAAUUGAAGAUCAAGAUUCACUUCUAUUUGAAACAGAGUUCACUACAGUAUUGAAUCCAACAUUCUUGAAUAAAAAUGAAAUUAAAGAUGUAACAGAUGAACCAAGCAUGGUUUCCGAAAACGAGGACCUUGUAAAAAGUUUUCAGGAAAAGCAGGAAGUGGUUGUACCCCGUGAACCGACUGCUAGCGAGAUUGAGUCAAUGUAUAACUCAAGAAUUGAGGAAUACGAAUCUUUAGAAGAAAAUGAUGAUGUUUUUCGUAACGAAGAACUAGCUAUAAGUUCGAAGAUCCCUAAAAUUGAUCCGUGGACAGUACUGAGGAGUUCAGAAGCUGGGAGAGUUACUGAAAUUAAGGGCACUACCGAAAAAUCAAAGAUAAUUCAUAAUGAAAUAGUUUUUGACCAAACCAGCACAAUGCCAGAAGUGUUUACUUCAAAAAUUGAAGUUAGUCCAGAUAAUUUAAUAAAAACAAAUAUUUUGAAGAAUUUGGCUGAAUUCAGCGUCAAAAUUAACAGACAGGGUAGUUAUUAUUAUAUUCCACCUACAGCCUACGUUAGACAGAAUUCAAGCUUUGUAAACAUCACAUGGAAAUUGGAAGAAAACUUCAAUAAUUCUCUGGCAUUUAAGGUCUAUGAAAAGGAGGAAUUCUAUGUUAUUAAGGAAAUAUUAUUGAAUCUAUUGUUUGAUAACUAUUACAUUGUACAGAAAAAAUCAGUUGCUGUCAGUCCAGAUAUAGAUGAUUCACAGACCGGAAAGUCUAAGGAGGUCACUUUUAGGAAUGGUGUUAUUGUCACGUUUUCUAAUGUAGAUUUUUUGAAGAAACCAAUCAAUAAGGAAUUCUCUGAAUCUGCCAUCAGAGCUAGACGUGUCCUGCACAUAGAAGUAGCUUCAAUAUGCCUAGCUACAGUAGCUAUUGUCACCAUCACCCUGUAUGUCAUAGUGCUGAAACGAAAAUCCAGAAUAACCCUAGGAGAGAAGUCAGACAUACCCCAAGUUACCCACUGUUAAAAUUCUAAAUAAUUAAUUACCAUUUUUAAUCUUUUUCUUCAUAAUUAUUUCAGUAUUAUUGCUAGAAUAGCAAAUACAUAAAUAUCAUUGGUAUUCUGAUCUGUAUUGUAAGGUAUGCCUUCCAAUAUAAAGAAAACAACUAAAAAAUUUAAUUGUUAAAUGCUGUAUGAAAAUAUAUCCAAAAAUACUUACUGAAAAAACUAUGAAGAAGUCUUAAAUGCAUCACGGGCAUUAAUAUACAGGGUGACAAUU